AUGCCGUCCUCCCCGUUUGUUCUCCUUGCAACAGCAGCUGCCUUCCUGGCUGUGGGUCAUGCUGAACAGAAGUGUGUGGGGCCCGUAGGUCUGCCCACAUAUGAGGACCGCGAGCUGCAAAACAAAUUCAAGAAGAUGGAGCACCGAAUCACCCGACUGGAAAGAGCCUUGGCGCUGAGCGGAAGGAUGGUCAUAGUUGGCGAUAAGCUGUUUGCCACCACGGAGAAAACAGACGACUUCGACAACAACGUCAAGAUCUGUCGGGCGGCUCACGGCUCCAUUGCCACUCCCAUGAACAAGAUGGAGAACGAUGCCAUCAUGAGUUUGGUGGGGAAAUUCAAUGUGUAUGCUUACCUGGGUAUUACGGAAGGGCACGUCCCUGGGGAAUUCCACUUCCUGAACGGGGCACCCCUGAAUUACACCAACUGGUACGAGGGGGAGCCGAAGGGGAAGGGGGCAGAGAGGUGUGUGGAGAUGUACCUGGAUGGCACCUGGAAUGACAAAAUGUGCAAUAAGUACCGCCUCACGGUCUGUGAAUUUUAAACCACA